GGAUUGGAAGGAAGCUGUUGCCAUAGCAACAAAAUGCGCAAAAGGAAGGAGUGGGAAAUGACGCACUGAAAAGUCAGUUUUUGACAACAAAUAAAAAUUUAUUUCUUCAUGAAAUAACAUCUAUCUCAGGAGUUAACGGUUCUAUUCCUUUAAGGCCCAACUAGAGUGAUGGCAGUGGCCCCUGAGAAUCAAAGAGGAAGCCCAUUUUUUCAGACUUCUGGCAGGGAUGUAAAUGAAGAGGAGGAAGAUGGCACAGCAGCAGUUUUAUUGAGUGUUUUAGUACAGCGGGGACAGUUGGGCCUCUGUUUCUAUGACAGUGAAGACUCAUCUUUACACUAUAUGGUAGAUGCUCCUGAUAACCAUGAGCUUCACCUGUUGUCCAGAGUCAUUCAAGAGGUCAGGCCCCAUGUAAUCCUAACCAGUGCAAAGCAGGAACGCUGCUUGACCCAAUAUUUGCAGCAACUUGGUUCCGACCCACAAUACAAACCCGAGGUUGUUACCUAUCCAUAUGUUGACUUUGGUCUGGAGGUUGGUAAGCAGAGGCUUCUUUCCGCCUACCUCCCUUUCCUUCCUGCUUGUGUUUCAGAAAUGGACAAAAUGUCCUAUCUCUCCUCCUGUAUCACCUUUGACUCACCCUUGAUGCUUAGGGCGGUGGGAGCUUUGCUCAAAUGUCUAGACAGGAGGAGAGUGGGAGUAGAACUGGAAGACAUCACUGUUGGAGUUCCAAUCCUGCAGUUUCAUGCCUACACCCUUCAAGAAGUGGUUUACAUUGACAGAGACACCUUCAGUGUACUUCAGAUCUUCAAAUCAGAUCUGCACCCAUCAGUGUACAAACUGCAGUCAGGUGAAAAGGAAGGAUUAAGUCUCUAUGGAAUAUUGAACCGGUGUCGGAGCAAGUUUGGAUCUAAACUGCUACGUCAGUGGUUUCUGCGGCCUACACAAGACCUCGCUGUGCUACAGAGAAGACAGGAAGUGAUUCGUUUCUUUACUUCACCCCGAAACUCGGAUGUCCUGAACACCCUGCAGGCCUCGUUACGGAACAUUAAAAACAUACCAGGUCUCCUGCGGCGCAUGACUCUCUCCAACACCAAAGUUACUGACUGGCAGAGUCUCUACAAGACUGUAUACAGUGCCGUGUGUAUCAGGGACUCAGUGCGGCACCUCCCUGGAUCUAUUCAACUGUUUCGAGAGAUCAGUGAAAAGCUCUCUGAUGAUCUUCACUACAUCGCCGCUCUCAUAAACCGAGUUGUGGAUUUUAAUGCCAGUUUAGAAGAGAACCGCUUCACCGUCAAACCGAAUGUUGAUCCUGGCAUUGAUGAGAAGAAAAGGAAGAUGAUGGGGCUGUCUGACUUCCUGACAGAUGUUGCCAGAAGAGAGCUUGAACACCUGGACUCUCGCAUCUCCUCCUGCUGUGUCAUUUACAUCCCCCUGAUUGGAUUUCUGCUCUCUGUGCCUCGGCUGCCCAGCAUGGUGGAAAAAGAGGAUUUUGAAAUGGAGGGGCUUGAGUUUAUGUUCCUCUCAGAGGAGCGGCUGCACUACCGCAGUCAAAGAACCAGAGAGCUGGACAGCCUCCUCGGAGACUUGCACUGUGACAUCAGAGACAUGGAGACUGCAGUGAUGACACAGUUGCAAAACGCAGUGCUGGAGAGGAGCACAUCUCUGUACCAGGUUCUGGAUCUCACGGCUGAGCUGGACUGUCUGAUGGCGAUGAGCAGCGCCUCCCAGGAGUAUAGCUACACCUCACCCAAGCUUGGCAGACACAGAAAAAUAUCAAUAACACAGGGCAGACACCCACUCCUGGAGCUGUGUUCUCCUGUGUUUGUGGCCAACUCCUUCCAGAGCUUUGAAUCAAAGGGCAGAAUCAAGAUCAUCACAGGCCCAAACUCAUCUGGCAAGAGCAUCUUCCUCAAACAGGUGGGUCUGAUUGUGUUCAUGGCUCUGAUUGGCUCAGAUGUGCCGGCUAAAGAGGCAGAGGUAGGUCUGGUGGACGGGAUCUUCACUCGCAUGCAGAGCAGAGAGUCUGUGUCUGUGGGCCUCAGCACUUUCAUGAUAGAUCUCAACCAGAUGGCCCUGGCUCUUAACAGCAGCACUGGGAACUCAUUAGUUCUCAUCGAUGAGUUUGGAAAGGGCACCAACACAGUUGAUGGGCUGUCUUUACUCGCUGCAUCAGUCUCUUUUUGGCUGAAAAAGUCUCUGAUGGAUGUCCCUCACAUCCUGUUAGCUACAAACUUCCACAGCUUGAUGCAAUUAGGCCUGCUACCAACCACUGGCAUGCUGUCUUUUUUGACUUUAGAAACAGCCAUGAACAGAGAUGAGUUGGUGUUUUUAUACCAGCUGAAGGAAGGGAUCUGCCAGUCCAGUUACGCUGCCAACAUUGCUACACUGGCAGGUCUGCCAACAAGCCUUGUACAAAGAGCUGUGGAGGUGUCUGAAUAUUACCGGACAGGAAAACCCAUCAAACGCAUUGACAAAGCCUCUUCAGACGAGCAGGCCAAGAGAUGCCAAUCUGUGGUGGAGAAGUUCUUGAGUCUCGACCUGGAGGACAAAGAUCUGGAUCUACAGGGUUUCAUGAAAGAGGAGCUCCUACCCUCUGCUGGAGAGCUGCUGAACCGCAACUAAACUCUUGUUUUUACUGUCUUCAAAUAUCUGGGGUUUCCACACAGGGUACAUGUUUAUAUAAUUUUAUGUUAAUAACGAUGAGAUAACAUAUAUUUUACACAAUAGUUGAUGUAAAAAGUAAUUCAAGAGGUUAUUCUUGUAUAGUGAGCGUGUCCUCGUCUUAAUUUUAAAUAAAGUACAGUACGUUUAUUUCAUGAAUGAAUUACUGAAUAAACAUAUUUGUUUGUGUUAAAAAUAUUCAGUGUUUAUUUAUUUAUUACUGAAUACAAACAUUUUCCAAAUCUGGCCGUUAUUGUGCCUGAAGUCCUUUGAGCAUCACUCUGACGCAUUUGUUUUAACAACAAAACGGAAUAAUGAUAUUUUCUUUUUAUCUGACCAAGGCUUUAGUGAUGUGAAAGGUGGUUAAAGCUGCCAAAGUGAGAUGAAAAAGUGUGCAGGUGCGUACUCUUUGUGCAGAGUUGCAGAAAGGGGUGCCACAGCAGGAUUUAGUCAUGACAAAGAUGGUAUUAUUAAAGAAAAGCUCCACCGUCGUCUUCACGUUGCACUGCUCGGCCUUCGCACAGCCCAGCAUCUUUAUAUCCAGAGCAUCAGCUGAGGAGAAGAGCUUUUAGAUGAGUAGAUACAGAUCUGUUCAACACACCUGCCUUCCCUCGGCCCGUGUAGCAGAGCUCCCCGUGGCUGCAGUUGGUUUCUGUCGUGUAGCAGGCGUCCCAGAAGCCCAGGUCACAGCGGAAACACUCCAGGGGCGUUAAGAGAUGAGGAGCUGGUCGUCAGGUGUUUCGCAUGAUUGUCAUCAUCUGGAGGACUAUAAGAAGGAGGCGAGCCAGUACUUCGAUGCCUGAGUGUUUUGCCUCUUCGUGGUUGACCAAGCCUCGCUCAUGUGAGAUAUCUGAAGGAACUUUCCAAUAGCUUUUUGGACUCUGGAUUCUUGUUUUUGUUCUACUGGCAACCAGAUUAGUGAUUGUUCUCACAGCUUCAUGCGAACCCUGUGCACCCUCCUCCAAGCCUCUCAGGACUCAUCUGCUACGGCAGUGCUGCAUAGCCACCUCUUACCAGGAUCACAACCUCUCUCCCUGGCGGACUUAACUCUACCCAAUGUAAACUUUCUCCAUAGAACAUAUUUGAGAAUUUCAGUUGUAGGUUGUUCACCAGCGUUCGUUCUCUUUUUCAGUCUCCCUGCUGCUGCGGUUUCCUGCACCAGAUUUCCUAAUAAAAGUUUUACUAAACGUU